AUGGAUGGUGAUGAUAUUGGCGAUUAUGGAUGGAGUUUAUCAAGUUUAAUGGAUUAUUAUAAUCCGGGUACUUCAAAAUCACAACAAAGUAAUGUCGAAGAAGAAGAUAAUAAUAAUGAUAAAAAUAACGACAAUCAUAAUUAUUAUGGUGGUGAUGGCGAUAGUUAUAGCGAUGAAGAGGAAAUUCAAGUAUCAGAUAACGAAGUUAAUAAUAGCUAUAAUUUUAAUUCACAAAUUAAAUUUCCGACAAUAUUUAGUAAAUCACCCUCUCCUUUUUCAUCUCAAUUUGAAUUACCUCAACCAACUGUAAAUUCACCAACAACCAACACUACUCCAACAACAACAACUACUACAACUACUACAAUAAAUACACCAACUAAAUCACCAUCAAAGAAAAGAAAUUUAGAAAAAGAAAAAGAAAAAGAAAAAGAAAAAGAAAAAUCAAAAUCAAAAUCAAAAUCAAAAUCUAAAAAAGAAAUUUUAAAAUCACCACCAUCAUCAAUUAAAAAUAAAGAAAAACAAUUAAAUGUAAAUAUUAAAAAUAAAUAUAACUCAAAUAUUAUUGAACAAAUUAAAAGGAAUUUCCCAAUAUAUGAUUCAAGGUAUGAAGGUCAAUUUUCAGAUUCAAAGAUAUUACCUCACAAUUUCACUGAUGAAUAUUUAGAUCACACUGAAGAUCAAAUUGAAUCAUUAUGGAGUAUAAUUAAACCAAAAGAUACUAAUGGUAGUGAAUUAAAAUUAACAUCAUCGAUAAUGAAAGUAUUAAUUGAAUCAUCAUCAACAUUUUUAACAAAUAUACUUGAUCAUUUAUUUUAUAAAUCAUCAUUUGAACUUAUUAAUAAUAAUAAUAAUAAUAAUAAGUCAUGUAAUAUUGAAGCAAAAAGUGUUAUAGAAUCAUCAAUUGUUGCUGGUAUUGAUAAUGAUGUAAUCAAUCAAUCAAUUAAAAUUAUAAAUUCAUUAAUUAAAGAAAAAGAUUUUAAAAUUAAUGAAUAUCUUGAUGAUAAUGAAAAUAACAAAAAUAUUAAUAAAGAAUUAACAAGUAAAGAAAAGGAUAAAAUUAAUGUUAUAAAUGAUAUUAGAAAUAUUUAUGAAAAUAAUUUAGAAUUAUAUAAUCCAACAACAACAACCACAACAACAACGACAACCACAACAACGACAGCAAUAAAUAGUAAUGAUAAUAUUAAUGAUAAUAAUAAUGAUAAUAAUAAUAAUAAUAAUAAUAAUAAUAAUAAUAAUAAUAAUAAUAAUAAUAAUAAUAAUAAUAAUAAUAAUAAUAAUAAUAAUAAUAAUAAUAAUAAUAAUAAUAAUAAUAAUAAUAAUAAUAGUAAAGAAAUAUUAGAAAGAGAGAAAUUAAAAUUUAAAAAUUUUAAAACAAAUUAUAAAAUUGAAAGAUUUAGACAAGUAUUACCAGGUUGGGAAAUUAGAAGAUUUGAAGAUAAGAAAAAGAAAUUCAUUUUUGUAGCGCCUAAUGGUGACGAAAAAUGUUAUUAUCUUAAACAUGCAUUACAAUGGAAUAAAAAUAAUAAAUAUGGCGAAAAAAUUAAAGACGUUGAAUCAUUCUUAAUAAAUUUUAAUAAAGAUGUAAAAAAACAAAUAUCAGAUAAACGUAAAGAAUAUGACGAUGUUAAAAAAAUUGAAAAAAGAAAAUUACAAAAAGAAGAGGCAUUGGAAAAAGAAUCUUUAAAAUUAAGGGAAAAGGAAGAAUCAUCUUUAAUUACUAGUAGUAAUACUAGUAGAAAAAAAAAAAGAUUAAAUUAA